AUGACCGCUAAUAUAAAUUUGUUUGCCGAAUUUGAAGAACAACAAGAAAAUGAUUCGAAUGGCAUAAAUAGUCGUCCAAAUUCGUACGAUUCAUCCAAUCAUCACCAAGAAGACGAAAUAAUUGUAUUUGGUUAUUCUUGUAAACUGUUUCGUGAUGAUCAUACAGCAAAAGCCAUUGAUCGUGGACAAAAUUUAAUACCAUGGAAUGGCGAUGAAACCAUUAAAAUUGACAGAUACGACUGCCGUGGACAUUUAUUUGAUUUGGUUCCAUGGGAUGCCGAUUUACUUCGUACUGAAAACAAAUUAUCAUCAUUAUCUGAUGAAGAAAACCAAAUUGAGAAAUUGUGUGACGAAGAACGAUAUUUGUCAUUACAUCGCGAUCUUGAUCACGAAACGUUAUAUCAAGAAGAAGAAUGGAAACGUUUUUGUUCUGAGCAAAAUCUCUAUGGUCAAGUUGGAUUUUCUUACAAAGAUGACACUUCUACACAAGAAUAUAAACAACCAUCUCUAUCGACCGAUCAGCAUUUGAACGAACAACGACAACAACAAAUUGAAAAUGAUGAAUAUGAACCAUUUUAUCCGUCAGAUAAAUUACAGCUACCUUAUGGAAUGGAAAUUCCUGAAUCAAUUAAAUUGAAUGCUGUUAUCGAAAAGACGGCUGUAUUUGUUGCAUCACACGGACUACAAAUGGAAAUUGUUUUGAAAACAAAACAAGCAAAAAAUUCACAAUUUGAUUUUUUAAAAUAUGAUAAUUAUUUGAAUCCAUACUAUAGACAUCUUAUUAUGAUGAUUAAAUCGGGAAAAUAUCGACCGGAUAUUGAUAAUACCGAUAAUAACACCAAGACAAAAAAAAAAAUUGGAAUCAAGCAUGAAGAAAAUGAUGAUGAUGAUGAAGAAUCAAGUAGUUAUUUACACCCUUUAUUACGUGGCUCAUCUAAAAAAUCAAUAACAACAACAACAGAUGAUCCUAAAACACCAUUACCAUUAAAUAUUCAUGAUACUGCCUAUGGACAAUUGAUCAAAAAUUUUGAACAUCUUCGACAACGAGAAAGAGCUUUGAAAGGAAAAGACGAUGAUGGAUCAAUAACUUCUGACGAUUCAACUGCGAAAGAGCCAUCAUCGUUCACUGAUAUAACUCUAUCAGCGAAUGUCAUUCCUCCACCUCCAGAUAUGAAGCCCGUUGUAGAUAAAUUAGCUGAAUAUGUUGCACGUAAUGGAUCGACAUUUGAACGUUCAAUACGAACGAAGAAUGAUCAACGAUUUGCAUUUGUUGAAAAAGAUCAUGUACACUAUAAUUAUUAUCAAUUCAAAGUUCAACUAUGUUUACAAGAAAUUCGUCGUGCAAAAUAUGAAGAAGAAAAACGACGACUAGAACUAGAAGAACAAAAUCGUGUUCAUGGACGGGGUGUUAAACUAGUGUUGAAAAUAAAACAGAACGAUGAUAAUAAUUCAAAACCAUCAUCAUCAUCAUCGGUUGAAUUUCAACAUACAAUUGAUGAAGAUGAAAUAACAAACAUUGAUAAACAAGACUAUUGUGAAGAGAACAGUAAUGGAUCAUCUAUUGAUAAGAACAUUGAAAAACAAAGUGAAAAACAUGAGCAGGAUAUGAAUAAUAGUAUCCAUAAAUCUUCUACAUGGCCUCUAUUAAAUGGUGAUCAAAAUUAUUCGUUAGAUUCCGAAGAAAAAAUAAAAGAAGAAUUUCCACUAAUUGGUCCUCAACCAGCUUCACCAAUGGAAUUAGAAAGAAUUCGUCAACAACAUAUUGAACUAGAACGUAAAAAAGAUCGUUUAAAUUUAUUUGUACGAGAUAAAUUAGUUCAGGAGAGUAAAGAAAAACAAGAACAACGAAAAAAGAAGGCAGAAAUGUUUAUUCAAUUAAUUAAAUCAAAAAAUCCAAAUUUAGAAUUGCCUAACACUAAUACAGACAAUGCUAAUACUAUUGAGAAUAAAACUACUACCACGACUAUAAAUCAGAUUAAUCCAGUUAUAGUUGAAAAACUGUUAAAUGUUAAAAAUCAAUCACCAAUUAGUGCCAGUACUAGUAGUACUACAAAUAGUUAUUAUAAAUCAAAUAGCAGAAGUUCACAUCGUUUUUCAAAACGUUCAAGAUCAAAAUCACCUCGAGCAUCGACAAAAUAUCAUCAACAUCACUCAAGUUCAUCAUAUCGUUCAUCCAUAUCUAAACGACCUAGACGUUCAAGAUCUAAAUCAUCAUCUCGACAUCGUAGAAGAUCCUCGUCUCGAACAACAAAAUCUUCUACCACAAAACGAUCACGUUCUCGUUCUAAAAGUAAAAAGAAUAAAAAAUCAAAAAAAUCAUCGAAAAAAAGUAAAUCAAAACAUCGUCAUUCAUCAAGUUCAUCUGAUAGAAAAUCAAAUGAAAAAAAUAAAAGUGAAACAAAAUCACGAAAGUUUCUAGAAGAAACUACAGUUGCAAAUGAAAUAAUAAAACAAACAGAUGCUAUGGUUACUUCAUCGGGUUCUUCUAUAUCAAACACAUCCGGAUCAUCAUUUGUGUCUAUAAUACCAUCAUUAUCAAAAGAUUCUUCAAUUGUCACUGACAUACUUGAAUCAAAUAGACUCUCAUCUGCUAUUACCAUGACAAUGCCAUCUCUAACAGAAAAUACUACUGAAAACUUUUGUAGUCGAGCAGCAUUGCAUGCAUUAGGAUCAUGUCUAAAUAAUAAGUACAGCGAAGGAUAUCCUGGUCAACGAUAUUAUGGAGGAAAUGAAAUAGUGGACAAAGUCGAAAAUUUAUGUCGUGAGAGAGCUUUGAAGGCGUUUCACUUAGAUUCAAAACAAUGGGGAGUCAACGUACAACCACUCAGUGGUAGUCCAGCAAACUUUUCUGUUUAUACUGGUCUUUUAAAACCACAUGAUCGACUGAUGGGCUUAGAUUUACCUCAUGGUGGUCAUCUAACACAUGGAUUUAUGACCGAUGUCAAACGUGUUUCAGCUACCUCUGUAUACUUUGAAUCGAUGCCAUACAAGUUGAAUGAAACAACUGGUUUAAUUGAUUAUGAAAUGUUACAUAAAACAGCAAAAUUAUUUCGACCAAAAUUAAUUAUAGCUGGUACAUCAGCUUACUCCAGACUAAUUGAUUACAAACAGUUUCGUCAAAUUUGUGAUGAUGUUGGAGCUGUUCUUAUGUGUGAUAUUGCACAUAUUGCCGGUCUGAUAGCUGCAGAAGUUAUACCAAGUGCAUUUGAAUAUGCCGAUGUGGUCACAACGACUACACACAAAUCAUUACGAGGUGUUAGGUCUGGGCUUAUAUUUUAUCGCAUUGGUGUCAAAGGUAAGGACAAGAAAGGUGAAGAUAUUCUCUAUGAUUAUCAAUCAAAAAUCGAUGCUGCUGUCUUCCCAUCGUUAUACGGUGGUCCACAUGAACAUCAAAUAGCCGGUGUAGCAGUUUCUUUAAAAGAAACAAUGUCAUCCGAUUUUAAACAAUAUGCUAAACAAAUCAUAUUAAAUGCCAAAUCUAUGGCAAAAGCAUUAACUGACAGACAGUAUACUAUUGUGAGUGGUGGCACUGAUACUCACGUCCUUCUUCUCGAUUUAAGACCCAAUGGUUUGGAUGGAGCAAGAGUUGAACGAGUAUGUGAAUUAGCACACAUUACGAUUAAUAAAAAUUCUGUGGCUGGCGAUAAAAGUGCAAUGGUUCCGGGUGGUAUUAGACUCGGAACACCAGCAAUGACAUCUCGUGGUUUAAAACAACAUGAUUUUAGACAAAUAGUCGAAUUUUUGCAUGAAGCUAUAAUUAUUUCACUGGAAGCAAAAGAAAAAACGAAAACGCUAAAAGAUUAUAAACAAUUUUUAUUAGAAGAUUCAACAAUUCAAGCGAAUAUAAAAACGUUAGCUAAUAGAGUAACCCAAUUUGCGCAACAAUUUCCAAUGCCUGGUUACCCACAUCAUUAA